AUGAGUAAUAUUGAUUAACUUUUGAGAAGCAGACCAAAAAUUUUAAAGGGAAGCUAAAAUUUGAUAUAGAAUAAGCCUACAAAUGAGUUUAGUCUUAAUUUGGACAAAGCUUUAUUUACGAUGCAACCAGCUCCAAGGUUAAUAGUACCUAAAGAAGUUAAUGUGAAUAAGAAGAAAUAUGAAGGAUAAAUAGAUUAAGUUGAUAUGUAUUCAUGAUUGUUUACUAGAACUGAAUAAGAAUUUGAGAAAUUAAUUCCGAAAAAGUAAAAAGAUUCUCCCAUCACAAAUAAGAAAAUUGUUAAUGAUAAAUAAGAAAUGCCUACUUAUAUUCUAGAAGAAGAGAAAACAAAAUAAGUAAGUAAAUUGAACAAUUAAGUUUGUAAUGGAGGCAUUGAGUGAAGAGUUGAUGAGACUAGAUUCAAACACAGAUAAUUUAUUAAGGACUUUGGAUUAAGAAAAGGAGAAGAUGGGUUUAAUGAAAUAGCAGAAUGAUGAAAUAGAGCAAUAAGUAAAACUGAUGGUUCAAAAUAAAAGAUUAGAAAAUAGAAUCUCGUAAUUGGAAGACUAAUUGAAGUACUUGAUUAAGAAUAAUUUAAAGUGUUCCAAAAGAAAUUAAGUUAGAUCUAUUGAAUGCAGAUUGGAAUGUGGCAAAUGAGAAAAUAGAAUAGAUGUUUAAAGAUAAUUAAGAGCUUUUCAAUGAAGCAGAUCAAAUUGCUCAUGAAUUCGCUAAAUAAUAAUUGGAAUAUGAAAAUGAUUGA